UAUUCUGGAUGGACGGAUCCUCGAAAACAUUGGUGUACGUGCAUUCGCGAUCACCUCCUCCAUACCAUUACCACAUGGUCAUUAUUCUCUGAGGCCCCCGUGAACUCAAUCGACGACAAUGGCCUCCGCCGCGAUAUCUCGACCCCGGCCACGGCCUGCACAUUACGAAGGCCCAACUCACUGCGUCUACACACCGGACGGAACUAAACUGGUGACAGUGGGGUCCAACAACACGAUCAGACUAUACAAGACCGGUUCCGACGGUGAACCUGCCAAUAUUGACGAGUGCCAAGAGCAGAAUCUUGCUGUUUCUACGAACAAUGACUACUUCGUCGCGGGCUCGGAGGACGGCACCGUCAGUCUGUAUUCUCUCCAGUCGAAAAGCUUCGAAAAGUUCUUGUUGCGGUCGUCCCUUCCAGUUCGCGAUGUUGCUCUCUCUCCAGACAGCAAGUGGUGCGCCGUUGCCAGCGACGAGCUGUCUGUGAAGCUCGUUGGCACCGAAGACAACACCCUCAUGCGCACUUUGAGGGAGCAUGGCAAGCCGACCAAGCAUCUGGCCUUCGACCCCAAGGGCAGCAUGCUCGCGCUGUCCUGUACUGACGGCGUCAUAUAUGUAUACUCUCUGACAGCAGAUCAGCCCGAACUGAUCCGCAAGGUCGAGGGAGUGAUUGGAAGACUGGAGACCGAUUCCGAAGCCUCCUCGAGGGUGAUCUGGCAUCCGGAUGGUCGCGCGUUCGCCGUACCGACCCCCACCAGAGAUAUCCAAGUCGUGUCUAAGGAUGACUGGGAAAAGCAACGCACCUUCUCUGACGGCCACGAGGGAGACAUUACCGCCCUGGCUUGGUCGCCGAAUGGGUCGAUGCUGGCCACGGCCGGGAAAGACAAGAAGGUCCUGAUCUGGUCCACCAAGGACCAGACCGUCGUGGCUCGCCACGAGCAUGCGAAUGUUCUCGACGUCGCCUGGCACCCCACUGAUAACCUUGUCUCGUUUACCACGUCCGACGGCGAGGUGUACAUCUGCCCUGGCUUUGUUCCGGAACAUUAUGCUCCGCUGUUGAAGCUCCCCAAGCAGCCCGCACCGUUCAUCCACGACCCGCUAGGCGAGAUAUCUGCCAACGUCAGGCGACCCGAUGUCAACGGUCUCAAGCCACGGCCCGUGGUAGCGAGGAGAGGCACCCCUGACAGUCUUGAUGACCUGCUUGACGAUGAUGGUCCAGCGUACGAUGACGACUUCGUGGUCGACGACGACGGUGCCGGAUAUGCGCUGAAUGGCGGACACAAGCGACCAGCCGAGGACGACGAACUGUUCGGUGCUCCUGCGAGCAAGCGUGCAAACCUGGCUUGGACACAGUAUCACGAAUCCUUCCAACCGGGCUCAACCCCGUGGCGUGGCAAUCGCAAGUAUCUCUGCCUGAACCUGAUAGGUUUCGUCUGGACCGUCGAUCAGGAUUCGCAUAACACCGUCACCGUGGAGUUUUAUGACCACGAGUUCCACAGGGACUUUCACUUCACCGACACAUUCCUCUACGACAAAGCUUGUCUCAACGAGCAUGGCGCGCUGUUUUCGUCCCCGCCCAAGGACGAUGCGGCCGCAGUCAUCUUCUACCGACCACAUGAGACGUGGACACAACGUGCCGAUUGGAGAACCCAGUUGCCGAAGGGGGAAGCGGUGCUAGCCAUGUCACUGAGCGAUUCGUUCGUGACCGUCACGACGUCAGCAAACUAUGUGCGUGUCUACACCUUGUUUGGCAUCCCUUACCGGGUGUAUCGACCGAAGAGCAGUCCCAUCGUGACGUGUGCCAGUUGGCGGGACUAUGUUCUCACCAUGGGUAACGGGCCAGUCGGCGGCGACGGCAACACCAAGCUCCUGUACACGAUCCAGAACAUAAAGCGGGACGAGAUCUGCCAAAACGAGGACACCGUGGCACUCCCGGAAGGGGCCACGGUCAAGAGCGUCUUCUUCUCAGACAACGGGGACCCUUGCAUCUACGAUUCUACAGGAACCCUACUUACCCUACUCCACUGGCGCAGGCCGUCAAGAGCAUACUGGAUCCCACUCCUAGACACCAAGCUCCUCCCGCGCCUGGCGUCGGGGAGGAAGAAGGAGAACUACUUCCCCGUUGCCGUGGCCGACCAGAAGUUUCAUUGCAUCAUCCUCAAGGGCGGCGACCAAUACCCCUACUUCCCGCGGCCGCUGCUCUCCGAGUUCGACUUCUCCAUCCCGCUCACGUCGGCACCAAAGGGCGGCAAGAAGAAGAAGAAGAACAAGUUCCGCGCCCAUGACGACGAUGACGACGACCACGGCAUCGACGAGGACAUGGCCGACGCCGACGCCGACGCCGACGGCUCUUCGUCCGAGGGCGAAGGGUCCGACGCCGAGGGCGGCGCGGACGGAACCCUGGGCCUGACGCAGGCGUUCCUGCUGAAGACGCUGCAGGCAUCGCAGAUGGCCGACGCCCUGGGGGGCCCCGGGUCGGCGGGUGCGCGGGCGGCGCUGGCGCGGCUGGAGCUCGACAUCGACAAGACGCUGCUGCAGCUGCUGGCGGUCGAGUGCCGCGAGGGCGAGGAGCGGGGGAUGCGGGCGCUCGAGGUGGUGGGCCUGAUGCGCGACCGGACGGGCCGGAUGGUGGAGGCGGCUGGGAAGGUGGCGGAGCGGUACGGCAGGGGCAUCCUGGGCGAGAAGAUCAGGGAGGUGGGCGAGCGGAGGGUCGCCGGGCAGUUCGCGGACGGGGACGGGGACGAGGAGAGCGAUGGGGACUUUGCUUGACAGGAGUUGUCAUUUUUAUUAAACUGUUUGAACUCUUAUUUCCUGACUCUUCUCUUUUUUUUUUUUUUUUCGUCUCCUUCCCCUGUCCUUGACGAGGAUGGGGAUGGGCACCUUUCCCGGCGAGGGCUCCGCUCCCACUCCACACUCCCACCCGGACGGAGAUGUUGGAUUAUGCCCCCAAUGCCCGGUUCUGGGGAAGGGCGGGGGAUGGUCGAUGGGGCCAAUUGAAACGGGAGACUCGCGCGCAGCAUACUUUGGUUUCUCGGUUCCGGCUGCGGUGCCGUCGUUGGGCCACCCAGGGGGGAAUGAACGUGUCAGUGCGCUUGGGGCGAUCUUUAAUGGGUUUCAGUAGGGAUUG